CUCACUGGAACAAAGUCCAGUGCUGGGUGGAAAGAGAAUUGAUCAUUUGCUGUGUAGAUGAUGAAUGGUUCUGACUGAUCAAAAACGCCAUUACCUAGAAAAUGUGAAUAUCCUGGAAGGAAAUAUCUAUCAUUGCUUAUUUGGGAAUAUGAAAUAUACAUAAGUUCAUUGUGGAGGAGUUUUACACAUGUGUUGUUCUUGUAAGUUAAUGAUUAUCAUUCAUGUAGCAAAAUUAUAUUGGAUGUUUGCGAAGAACUUUUAUCCCCUCAUAACAAAGUAAAAAUCAGAUAGAUAUGUGCUAUACUGAGAUUUAUCGUCAAAACAGACUCCAUGAUGGUUUAUCACUGUCACUGAGUGAAAUUUGUUUUUUCUUUUUCUUGGUUUGUUUUUUUUUGGUUAACCUCUGUUGAAAUCCCUUAGGGAUAAUUAAUCUUACUGUGUUUCAAAAAAGAUUAUUCCCAGAAAAAAAGGGACUUGUGAGUUUUGUGAUGUUUUAAUUCUAUCAAUGAUUUCCUGUGGUAACAGACCUAGAAAAGUUCAUUUGCAGUUAACAUUUGAGGACACAUUUUAAUUCUAUUUACUCAGCCCUGGUAUAUUUUCCUGGUUUGUCAGUCCAAAUGGCUGACAGCCAAAAAAAGAAAGAUUCCUACAGCUCAGAAUGUAUGGGAGUGUUGUUAUUUCAUUGUCUACAAUUAUUUGUGGGAACCACUUCUACCACUGUUACAGUGUGCCUUGGAUAAGAAACUGUUCUCAUAAAACCAACAUCAUUUCACAGUAACCUGGAUGAGGACAUAAAUGGCAGGCUCAGAAACAUUGAGAGAAUCCGGUUAGGGAAAUGAUAGAAAGUCACAAACUCUGCCGGCCUUUCUGAGAGACCGGGCAGUGAGAACGGUUAGGGAAAUGAUAGAAAGUCGCAAACUCUGCCGGCCUUUUUGAGAGACCGGGCAGUGAAAACGGUCAGGGAAAUGAUAGAAAGUCACAAACUCUGCCGGCCUUUCUGAGAGACCGGACAGUGAGAACGGUUAGGGAAAUGAUAGAAAGUCACAAACUCUGCCGGCCUUUUUGAGAGACCGGGCAGUGAAAACGGUCAGGGAAAUGAUAGAAAGUCACAAACUCUGCCGGCCUUUCUGAGAGACCAGGCAGUGAGAACGGUUAGGGAAAUGAUAGAAAGUCACAAACUCUGCCGGCCUUUUUGAGAGACCGGGCAGUGAAAACGGUCAGGGAAAUGAUAGAAAGUCACAAACUCUGCCGGCCUUUUUGAGAGACCGGGCAGCAGAAUAUUUUGUUUUACUUCCUGAGAGUAAAACUACACAUCCAACUGUGAUGCCCUCCAAGAGAGAUUUCUUCCAAGUAAACUACAAUCAAUAUGUUACACCAACCUAUUUGCGUGUUAACAAAAUGGGCACCAAACAUUAGAGGAUUACGUGUCUGAAAUUGCCAGAAGCAGCAAGGGCCUACAUCAAAAUGCCUAAAAGACAAAAUGAAAUGUUGACAAAAGAACACUUUGUUUAGGGACUUGGAUCUAACAUUAAGAUAUUUGUACUGGUGUCAAACCCUAAUUAAGACAUUUGAGGAAGCUUUCAGACAUACAAAGAGAAAAGAAUGUCACCACAAUUUCUUUGGGCCAAAGACUUUAGGACCAUGACAUCUGCCUGCGAUGUAAAUAGAACCUUGAAAAGUUGGUGGCAGUUUAGUGUAAUGGAUACCAGCUAACAUUGACCCGAAAAUGGCAACCACCCCUCACAAAUGAGCAGAGGAGUAUGCCAUUGAGGGAAUGGACGAGAAAGAGGUAAUGGAACGCACUUAAAAUGUGCACAAUAGAUGGAUGACCAAUAUGUAACAGCAUGAAAGUGGACCACAUUGCGCUUAACAAAUCCAAAUAUGUCAGUGUUUUGGAUUUAUGUCAGUUGUACCACAAGUUCCGAUUAUAGAAUCAGACAAAGAGAAGACUGCUUUUCUGUGGUGGACACUAUGAAUAUAAUUAUUUGGUCUCGGUUAUAGUGCUCCCACAUUUCAGAGACUUGUGGACCCUGUUUAAGCAGAUUACUGACACAGGAGUUUGAUUUAAUUGCACUCACUCGACACCUAUUAUUUCAAAAGACAUACGAUGAAGUGCAAGAAAGUUUCGAUUGGAAAGGAAUGUAUUCCGAUGUUGAAUUCUGGUGUCGAUCAUGUGUAAGAAAUCUCUGAAAGACAGACCUAAGGCACCUCUAAAUCUGAUACCAAUAGUUAAAGCACUGUUUUUCACAGAGUCACAGUUGAUGUUUGAAGACCACUUCCACCGAUACACAAGUACAUAACAGUGUUUAGAGACUAUCUGACAAGAUGGCCGGAGGUUGUUGCCGUUAACAACACAGACGCUAAGAGCUACCACAAAAGCCUUUGUAGAGGAAAUGGUUUGCAGACAUGGUGCUCCAUAUGAAUUACUCUGACAAUUAAUGGUAAAAACUUUAGAUCAAACUGUGUUGUGUAAGUUAACGAGCACCAAGAAAACUUGCACCACAGUUUAUAAUCCUGAGACUGAUGGUUUAGUUGAGAGAUGUAACUGGGACAUAUGACUUCAGUGUUCUCAAUGUAUGUAUCUGGACAUCAGAGAGAUUGGGAUCCUUUCUUCCCUACCUUCCGUCACGCUCUGCCUUCUCACGCACGACAGAGCACUGGUUCCUCCCAAUGAAGCAGUGUUAUCUCCCGAUUAUAUAAGGAGGAAGUAAAGCAAUGAUGACAAGAAAUUUGUAGUCUUGUAAAAAACAAUGUAUCUGACUCACUCCGUCUACAACUCCAGGAUUAAUCUCCAAAGCUGAGUCACAACUGGCAUAGUCCCUUCAAAAUACUGAAAAGGUUAUCUGAGGUCACUUAUAAACUACACUAUAGGACCAAACAAUAUGAAAACACACUGCACAUAUGUUAACAGGAUGAAGCCAUAUGUGGACACUUUUGACCAUGCUGACCAUGGUUCUGCAUGAUCUAGACCUGGAUGAAGAACACGAUUUAGGACAAUUGUCUUAUUGUUAAAGUUUUAGGAGUCGGCAAAUGUUGUAACAAAUCACAUUGACUAGAAAAGCUUUAUUUUGUGCAGUGUGAAAAUAGCAACACACAAUGGGUGAACAAGAGAGAUAUGAAGGCCUUUAGCAUAGUGUGCAAAAUCUUCUUCAAUUUAUCUAGAAUUAUAACCUUGUAAUUGGGUGACCUUGUAAUACGCCGGUUUCAAGAUACACCCGAGUUAUUUCCCUUUGGAGAACUCUCGUAUAUAGUGAGGCGCGAAACAAUUUGUUUACACGCGGGAGUGGGACUAAUUUUCAUCACUGCAUAAGUUUCUCAAACACUGUUACAUCACCCGAAUUCGACUGAUACACAAACUAAGAAAGUAUUUAGGGAGUAAUUAAAUACAUAGAAUUCUUAUCAUAUCACAUUAUUUCGUUAGUCAUAAGUACCAUAUUGGAGAUAUUAUUUGCAAAUAUGACAUUGUUUUUAUGUUUCCACUUUAGUAAAACAUUUCUUUCGACCGUAUUUUGUAUUUCCCACAUUUACAUAUCAAAAGAGAAGCUGCUUUUAAUACAUUUCACCGUCUUCUUCGCUGACUGUAGGUCUACUCUGUCCCACUUAGUCAUUCAAAGUUUCACUAAAUGCACCUCCUACACAGAAGCAUUCGUAUCUCGAAACUGGCGUAUUGGGAUGUCACACUUAGAAGGGGAGGUAUAUCAUGAAGCUAUAUCUCUCUGUCAAUUAAUUGUGAAAUAGGGAGAUUGCACAUGUGUGUUUGAAGUUUUAUCUCUCUGUCAAUUAAUCAUUGUGAAAUUGAGAGAGUUUAAUGUGUGUGUGUAUAUAUUUCUGUCCAUUAAUCAUUGUGAAUUAGAGAGAGUGUAUGUGUGUGUUUGAAGUCAAUUUAAAAUUAUUAUGAAAUAGAGAAUUGUAUGUGUGUUUGAAGUUAAUUAAAUAUUGUGAGAGAGAGAGUGUGUGUGUAUGUGUGUGUUUGAAGUAAAUUAUUGUGAAAUAGAGAGUGUAGGUGUGUGUUUGAAGUAGCAGGUGCAAGGUCCUUUUCCGGAGAGAGUGUCAUGUCUGUUAGUUAGAGAUAAUUGGUUCAAAUUAAAUCUUUCUGUUUCGUUUGAAUGAUUGGAAGUUUGAGAUGUAGAUAUGUAAAAUGAAUACGACUACAGGUUUAUUAGUGUUAUAUAACUAGUGAUGGGACAGGGAGGACCCUUGUGACAUGAUAGAAUCCUGUUCAACAGUGUAAAUGAACAAGUUGAAAUAAUAGAAAUUUGUUGUUCAUAUAUCCAUGUAUUACUCAGAUGUGAAGUAAUUAAUUGUAAUAUCAUGAUUAAUUAAUGAAGACAGAAGUGCAAUAAUUCCUUGACUUUUUAUUUCUGGUAAGUGAUGAUUAGAGGUUGAUGUGAAGGGUAAGUAAAAUGUACCGGUGAUCAGUGCUGAUUUAUUACACACCUGUACAAAGGUUUAUUCAAAAGUUUGAAAAUGACCAAAAGAAAAAAGAAAAGAAGUAUAUUAAUCAUGUUAGUUAAUGUUAAUUAUUUACCUAAUGAUAUUGCACAAAUUGUUGAAACACAUCUCUGAGAAAUGAUGAGUCUUGACGGGUUUAUGGGCCCUUACUACAGAUAUAUAAUGUUGUUACUAGUAUCACUAAGUGUCUCCUUAAGUUUUAUGUGGAGUGACAGACGUCAAGACAUUUUAUGAAUGACUGAUCAGUUUUCUUUAUGCCCUGAUAACCAAUUUUUUUUUUUUGAAUAACAAAGGACAUUCCAUGCAUGGUUAAUGGCCGCUUCUCUUUUAUUGCAUCAAGGACACAGCUGUUUUGUGUAUUAAAUAUAACAGUGUCAUAUGUGGGGAACUGUUACAGUCCAAAGAUUAAAAAUAGUGAAUACAUAUUCAACAAGCAUUCGACAGCAUGGCAGAAGUUGUAGACGGACUAGAGGGGAGCGUGAAGCUGGAGUCAGUCAAGAGGAAUCCAGCUGAUCCAGCAGUGAAUGGAAAUGGAGACAUUCAAGUGAACAAUAAUAUCAAACAGGAUGUUGUGACUGAUCCAGCCAUUGAUGCCAAGGCUGUAGCUGCUGGUGGAGAGAGUAAGCAGGGAGGACCACCAGACAAUGCAUUCAAAGAUUUGGAUGAUUUGGCACCAGCCACAGAAUAUGUUGUGACAAAAGGAGAUUCAGCAGUGAAGCUACGCAUGAAUGAAUCAGGAUAUGGUUCAGAGAAACCUGUUACUGUUCCAUCGAUGUUCUAUAAGACCGUGCAGAGGGUGCCGAUGCAUACAGCAUUAGCGGUUAAACGAGGAGGGAUAUGGGUGAAGUGGACUUAUGAGCAGUAUUUCAAUGACACUCGAAAGGCAGCCAAGUCUUUUAUCAAGCUUGGAGUAGAGCCUACUCACGGGGUAGGAAUUCUGGGUUUUAAUGCCCCGGAGUGGUUUAUUUCAAACAAUGGAGCCAUAUUUGCAGGGGCAUUUUCUGUCGGAAUUUAUGCCACCAACAAUGCUGAGGCCUGUAAAUAUGUGGCACUAAGCGCCACCUGUAAUGUGAUCGUGGUGGAGAACAACCAGCAGCUCAAGAAAAUUCUGCAGAUUUGGGAAGAACUUCCUGAUCUGAAAGCAGUGAUACAGUACACAGGAGAGGUGGCAGAGAAACGAGAAAAUGUAUACUCCUGGAAAGAGUUCAUGGAGCUGUCCAAUGGUGUCCCAGACGAUGUUUUACAACAGCGACUCAGCCUUAUGGCACCAAACAAGGCCUGCUCUCUCAUCUACACUUCAGGAACAACAGGGAACCCCAAAGGAGUGAUGCUUUCUCAUGACAAUUUGACUUGGACAGCAGCAAUGAUUCAAGAGAACAUUCAGUAUACCUUCGCUGAUAAUGUCGUCGUUACCUAUCUGCCCCUCAGUCACAUCGCAGGCAUGAUGGUUGACAUUUAUCUCCCAAUAGUCACGGCAACCACUGUCUAUUUUGCUGAGCCGGACGCUCUUAGGGGAUCACUGUUAACAACUCUAAAAGAAGUCAGGCCCACAGCUUUUCUGGGUGUGCCCAGAGUGUGGGAGAAAAUGAUUGAAGGCAUGAAACACAAAGCCCGAGAGUUUGGAUUCCUGAAGAAAAAAGUGGGUGCCUGGGCCAGGGGUGUGGGUUACAGGACAACAGUGGCAGAGAUGAACCAUGAGUCUGUUCCAGGAGCUUUCAAGUUUGCAGAUAUAUUCUUAAAGAAAGUAAAAACUGAUCUAGGAUUUGACCAAUGCAAGUUUUUCAUAUCGGGGGCAGCACCUAUCAUGAGAGAAACCAUAGAAUUCUUCUAUGGCUUACAUAUACCUCUGAUGGAAGUAUAUGGAAUGAGUGAAUGUGCAGGUCCACACACAACCAAUCGCCCAGACCUGUUCCGUACCAGUAGUGUGGGCACGGAACUCCCUGGGAUGAAGACGAAGCUGGCGGACAUGGAUCAGGAAGGAAAUGGAGAGGUUCGUAUGUAUGGCAGACAUGUUUUUAUGGGUUAUCUGAAUGAUGAAGAAAAAACAAGGGAAACUUUUGAUGAGGAGUUGUACCUGAUGUCAGGGGACAUUGGAAAGAAAGACAAGGAUGGAUUUUUGUACAUCACAGGGAGGAAGAAAGAGUUGAUUAUCACUGCUGGUGGAGAAAACAUACCCCCCGUCCUUAUUGAGGACAAUGUCAAAGAAUGCCUACCUUGUGUGUCUAAUUGUAUUUUGAUUGGGGAUAAGAGAAAAUUCCUUUCCAUGCUCAUCACACUAAAGGUGGAUGUGAAUCCAGAUACGUUAGAACCGACCGAUAACCUUACAGCGCUGUGUAUGGACUGGAUGAAGGCUCAAGGCAGUGCCUCUGCAAAAGUGUCAGAUAUCUUAGACAACAAGGAUGCCAUUGUCCUUAAGGCCAUACAACAGGGUAUCGAUAAGGCUAAUGACCGGGCCAUCUCUAGGGCUCAGAAAAUACAGAAGUGGUCAUUGCUGCCACGAGACUUCUCCAUUCCUGGGGGUGAACUAGGUCCUACCAUGAAAUUACGCAGACCAAUUGUGCACAAAAUGUAUGCAAAAACAAUUGAUGCGUUUUAUGAAGAGUAAGGCAUAUCAGGAGGUGGUAGUAAACAGUUGGGCAUUGUCACUAAGAAUGAAGGAAUCUUCAGUUGUGUGGCCGAUUUAUAAUAUCCUUGUAUCAAUCUAAGCAUGGAAACAAAUUGUUAAAAUACUAUAAAUGUAUUACAUUUGGUGGUGUAUUCUUUUUUAGCACCUUCGGUGGAAAAGACUUUUCACUAAAUCAAGUACACCACAAAAUGUUUAUUGUUGUGGGACAGCUUAGAUAUUGGAAAAAACAUUAAAUGAAAUCCAAACUCAACUAGGAAAGCCUUAAUUUGUGUUAAAUAGCGUACAUGCCAAAUAUGAUACAUUUACAGUAGACCGUGCACACCUGAAUGUAUUGACUUCAUAGAUUCAGGACCUUUCAGAGGAAUGCUUUACGUAGUACCAGGCACCUGAUUUUACACAUCAGAGAAGCAGAGAUCUCCAUUGAAAAAAUAGUUUGCAAAUGUUGGGUAUUCAUUAUUGAUUGUGAAAAAAUUAUCUGGGAUAUUUUUUACUGGAGUUUAAUUCAUUCAUUUGAAUUAUUACAUUCCAAUUAUUUUUCCAUGCUACACAGUGGUUUUAUAGUCUGUGUAUUAAUUACCGUGUGUAGCAUUCAUUUUGUUGGGUUUCUGUUAAAAAUGGACAUUUCACAUGACAAGUAAAUUUCACUGUGCAAAAGUGAUUUAAUAGCCUGUAGCAUUUAUAUUGGAUAUCGUUAGCCAAGAUGAUGGGAAAUUUGUACAAUGUGCAUGUUUAUUUAGAGACUGUCAAAAUUUACAGAUCCAUGAAUUAGGGGAUACCUGAAAUUUUAUUAACUACGUGUCAUAUGAUUGUUGUUACGAAUAUAUAUGUAUCCACUUAUAUUUUUUAUACCAUUUACUACAUAAUUAGUUGUAGGCUUAAUAAAUUUCAAGCUUGGGUAAAUUUGCAUGUGUAAAUUUUUUAUUCAAUCCUUGAAAGCGUGUCACUUCUAACAAUUUCAUCAUUAUCAGAUUGCCUAUAUAUAAAAUUUCAUAGGUACUUUGUAGUCGGCCAACCUUAAUGUACAAUAUCAAUGGCACUUUUGAAUUGGCCAUCUAUAAUACACCAUUUUAUAAUAAGAUAUAGUAUCAUUUUAAACAUGUAUCCAAAACGAUAUUGAAAGGGGACAGUGGUUGGUUGCGACCAUAGAUGGUACUUUUUCCAGUCAAAAUGGGAUUGCAGCCCCCCCCCCCCCCCCCCCCUCCCCUUCCACAAAAUAGCCUUUUUUGAGGUAGAACUUUUCAACCAAAGAAGGAGUUGCAAUCUCUGUAAACCACCCCUACCCCACUCCCCCUCUAAAUUCACCAAAGAUGAAGAUGUUAGCAAAUUUAUUAUUGUUAAUUAUUUUUGUUUCUCAUGAUGUAUAAUUAAUCUGAUAUCUGAUCUUGCGCCCAUUUCGUUCAGUGCUUGUCAUACUGUCAAUGUUGUGUAAGAAAUCUGCUGAAAACCAUCCUUGUAAAACAUCGAUUUUGAAGACAGUACAUGUCUCAAACUGUUUCCUUUCUGUUAUCGGUAUGUGUAUAUUACUGGAACAUUUUUUUAGUGUGUUUAUAUUUGAGUUAAAGUAGAGACAUAUUUUGUGUUUCAACAUUUUGAAGCAAGCUGAGGCACCACAAAUUAAAUUAUUAAUUUCUAAAAUUUUCUGAUUAUCAUUGUAGAGCAUACGUUCAUUACAGUGGAUACCAUUAACGUGCCUUGAAUUAGAUUUUUCAGAUUGUGAUGUUUUUGUGAGACAAUGUUUUAGCUUUGAUUAAUUUCAUUUUUAUUCACUUUGCUGUUUAAUAUAAUUGGUUGGGCAGACAUUACUGGCAAUUGAAUGCGAGUUGAAAAUUCGUAUGCAUACUAUGUUCAUUAAAAAUACGGAAAAAGUGGUUAUUUACGCUGGGGUUAAAUAUGUGUUUUUUCAUGUCCAGCAUUACGUGUGGGGUAAAAAUAUGCGAUGGCUGAAUAUAAUAUAUAUUAUAUCAAAUAUUUAUAACUAUAUGCGUGGGGGAAAAUUAUGUGCUUAUUACGUAGCCGCGUAAUUAGUGUAAAUUCCCCCACGCAAGUAAUUUAUUUCCAAUUUUGGGCCCAGAGGGCAUACAAAGAAUACAAAGUUCAUAUACAUAAAUCAUAAAAGAGUGCUUAUCCAAAAGAUAGAUGAAAAAUAAAAUUUACAAGUCCAUGAUAAAUCAACUUUUCUUAGUAAUGUGUAAAUAAUCACUUUUGAAGUAAUGAUAGAAUAGUUGUACACAUAAUAUAUAUUUUGUUACUGUUUGACAUGCACAUUUUGUUCUUGUUUGCUAACUAAUACAAAUUCUUCUUUUGUGCAGGUUAUUAAGAGAGCAAUAUUUCAAUAAAAGUUACUAUAUCAACAUCUAAAAACCAACUGAUAUAAAUUUCAUGAUUAUCCAGAUAUUGUUUAAAUCAUUGUCUAGCAACACUUUUAGCUUAUUACCACCAUCAUCUAUCAUGGCAUCUUAAGAAACUGACACGACUACCAACAAGAUAUGAAAGUUUUUAAGGUUUUGGGGAAAUGGGGAAAUUUUGGCAAAUUAAGAAAGACUUGGUAUGAAUGGCCAACUUUUAUGAUGACAAAGCUGGCCAUUUGAUAUUUUGUGGAUGAGGGUCACAAGUAUUUGUAACAUGCUACCAGAGUAUCGUAGUAAACAGGAAAAUAUAUACAGUGUAUGUGUAACUCUCAUCUGUAUGCAGCAGCUCCUCUACUUAAACUUUGACAUGUAUCAGAAAUAUUGUGAUUUAUUCAUACCAUUAUUUUGCAUUAUUUCUUCAUAAAUGUGGAAUAAAGUUCAGAUGUUUCAAAUU